GUCUUGGGACCUCGCGCGCUCUCGCUCCGAGGGGAUGCUGCAGAAGAAGACGGUCAUAGACAGCCCUAUGAAGGAGCGGACCGAGACGGGCUUCGACUUCGUGGUCGAGGUGCUCGUCCAGGCCAUGCCCAAGAAGCGCCCAGAGGACUUCCGGGCCUUCCGCAGGCCCUACCACCCGGCCAGGGAGACGGGCAUCGUCGACAUCCCGGAGGGGCUCCGCCGGAAGAUGGUGUGGCGGGUGAUGCACGAGUACCCCAUCGCGGACAUCUACGACCUGGCCCGCUGCCCGCCCAAGCGCUGGUCCCAGAUCAGCCGCGACCUCGGAGGCGUAUCGCAUGCCGAUGUCAUGGCACACGCGCUCCGGUACAUGAAGACGCAGGCCCCCACGAAGCGCGCCAGCUUCUGGUGCGGCGCGGGCGCGCAGCUCCGCCCCUCCGACCACGCCGGGGCCUGCCAGUUCGCAGGUGGCCGUGUUAAUCGAGGUGCCAGCUCUUACUCUUGAGAGACAUGUCACGCCCGACAGCACUGAAGGGAGCGUUUCACUUUAUGUAGUGCGGAAUGGGACAACCAAUGACCAUUAAGUGGCGUACUUGCUCGUGAGUUCCGCCGGAUGCGAAAAGGUGACUCGUCUCCGUUUUCCUGUCCGGUUCUCUGUCUCCUCCUCCCUCCUCCCAGGCAGUUUUUGGGCGACCGCGCGGCCCACUCCGUAUCGUGCCAGUUUCACGAGCUCUGCUGUGCGUGUUGUUCUGGGCGAGGCCACAGGCCCGCACACGGUUCGCCUCCCGGUGCGGUUGCUGCGGGCAUCGACGGUAUUGCAAUUAUUGCCGUUCUUGCCUCAGGUGGCCGUGUUAAUCGAGGUGCCAGCUCUUACUCUUGAGAGACAUGUCACGCCCGACAGCACUGAAGGGAGCGUUUCACUUUAUGUAGUGCGGAAUGGGACAACCAAUGACCAUUAAGUGGCGUACUUGCUCGUGAGUUCCGCCGGAUGCGAAAAGGUGACUCGUCUCCGUGUUUCCACAAGUUACCAUGACAUGAUCCACUACUGCAUCUGAAUUCGCCCCCGAUAUCCCGAUCUGUUCCAGUUCGCGCUGCCUUGCGGUAUUUGUUGCGCCCUCACGAAUAUGGUAAUCUUGCACAUUCAGCAUCGUACAUGUUGAGAGCAUGAUUUCGAUGUUUGCCGCUAGUGUCGCACUCCGUGCCAGGCAUGCUCAUGUAUGGUGGCCAUUUCCAAAACCCGCGCGGACGACCGCAACGUGUGGCAGCUUCCGCCCUCGGCUCGCAAAGGGCCGUAACAAGUGGCACGCUUUUCUCGCGCCUCCUCCGCCUCCUCCGCCUCCUCC